CUGUUAGCGGAAAUAGAUCUAGAUCUAGCUCAUUCAGCUAGAUUCUAUUAUUAAUCUAUUUACUAACUCUAGUCUUUAGAGAUCUCUAGACUAGAUCUAGAAUUAAGAAUAGAGAUUGCUAAAUCUUCAUCACAAAUCAUGACUGCGCCCUUCAUUCAUUGGUUACACUACACUACAAUGUGACAAUACAUAAAAUGAUCUCACCCCUUUAAAAAAGGAUUAUUCAUGACUUUGUUUCGGCAUAAUGGCAGCUUUGUUAAGAUCCUCAUCCAUCUCACGAUGUCUACAUAUGUCGAAUAUAUCAGGAUGCUCUAUGCAGUUGAUUUCAGCAUAUUGCCAUCAACCUUGGACAUCUGGCUUAAUUAAAACUAAUUCUUUGACAUCAUUCAAAAAUCUGAUCUCUUCAUUUCAACGCCCCAGAAGUUUCCAUAUAUUAGCUAAACAAAAGGGUCAAUCUAGCAAUAAAUCCACACCAUUGAUCUUGUUCAAGAGGAUUUUUAGAUCUUCAUUGCAGUUGAACUGUAAAAAAGUAGGGGACAAAACAUUAAAACCUAAUGGAAUAGAAAAAAGAAAACCAAAAUGGAAUGAUCUUAGAAGAUUGACUGGUCUUGCUAAACCUGAAAAAUGGAACAUUGCAGGUGCAGUAGUUUGUAUGUGUAUAUCAACUGCCGUAACCUUAAGUGUCCCAUACUUCAUUGGCAAAAUUGUUGAUCUUCUUUACACAUCUGAAAAAGAAAAAGUGGUAUCCAAUCUAAAAAAAUUCUGUGGCUCUUUGUUUGUUAUUUUUGUGCUGGGUGCACUAGCAAAUUUUGGUAGAGUUUACCUCUUGCAAGUAUCUGGUCAGAGAAUUGUCAAACGUCUUCGGGAACAGCUUUUUAAGAGGGUUUUAUCCCAAGAAGUAGCAUUUUUUGACACGACCAAGACUGGUGAGUUGAUCAAUAGGCUGUCAUCAGACACCCUGGUUGUUGCACAAUCUUUGUCACAAAAUAUAUCUGAUGGGCUACGUUCUAUCCUGCAGACAUUGGUAGGAAUCAGUAUGAUGACUUUCAUCUCUCUGAAACUAACUCUGAUUUCUAUGGGCAUAGUACCUCCUCUUGCUGCCGGUGCCAUUAUUUAUGGACGCUACCUGAGAAAAAUAACUAAAAAAGUUCAAGAUUCCCUGGCUGAAGCCACUCAUGUUGCUGAAGAGAGGAUAGCUACCAUCCGCACAGUCCGUGAUUUUUCCCAUGAACAGAAGGAGGCGCAAGCCUAUACAAAAGAAGUGGAAAAAGUUCUACAAUUAUCUUACCAAGAAAGUUUAGCUAGAGCUGUAUUUUGGGGUUGUACUGGUUUUUCAGGGAACUGCGUAAUUAUUUCAGUUUUUUACUUUGGGAGUUACAUGAUGAUGGAAUCUAACAUCACUGUUGGUGACUUGUCUGCCUUUAUUAUGUAUGCUGCAUAUGUUGCUACAUCUUUGAAUGGUAUAACGACCUUUUUAACUGAGUUUAACAGAGGGAUUGCAGCUAGUGAAAGAAUAUGGAAUCUUUUGGACAGAAAACCUUGUAUAGAACUGGACUAUCUGACAAAACCACAGCUACAGUUACCCAGUAUAGCCGGUAAACUGACAUUCCACCAAAUGUCUUUUAGCUACCCCUCAAGGCCUGAUGCCCCCAUCUUCACAGAUCUAAGCCUGGAUAUCCCUGCUGGAUCAUUUACUGCUUUAGUUGGCCCCAGUGGCUCUGGGAAAUCUACAGUUGGAGCAUUACUCUUGAGGUUUUAUGAUCCCACCAAGGGACAUAUAACGCUGGAUGGGCAUGAUAUUCGAGACUUAGAUCCUCAUUGGCUCAGAAGAAAAAUCGGAAGAGUUAGUCAAGAACCUACUCUUUUCUCUACAAGUAUUGCUCAAAAUAUUGCCUAUGGAGCUGAGAAUCCAGAGAAUGUAAGCUUGGAAGAAAUAAUAGCUGCAGCUAAAGAAGCCAAUGCUUAUAACUUUGUGAAAGACUUUCCUGAUGGCUUUAAUACUGUAGUGGGUGACAGAGGAUUAUUACUCUCAGGUGGUCAACGACAAAGGGUUGCUAUAGCUAGAGCCAUAUUAAAGAACCCUAAAAUUCUUAUUCUAGAUGAAGCAACAAGUGCUUUGGAUGCUGAAAGUGAAUACCUGGUGCAAGAAGCCCUGGAACGUUUACUAGUUGGACGAACAGUUUUGACCAUUGCUCAUCGACUGUCCACUAUAAAGUCAGCAGAUAAUAUUAUUGUCAUUGAUGGAGGAAAAGCAGUUGAAAGUGGAACAUACCAAGAUCUGAUGACUAUUAAAAAUGGACUUUUCAGGAAGCUAGUGGAGCACCAAACUAUAAGCAAUGGAGCUUCUUAGGUGUUCAACAACUCUGUAAAAAUCAUUGCAUUUUAAUCAGAUUAGAUAGAUAGCUUGCAUGUUGCUUAUACUUGUAUGCUUUGAAUGGGUUGGGUCUUUGAAUGGAUUAGUUUUUCUUUGUUAUGAAUUUAAAAUGUUUACUAGAAACCAGUAGCCUACAACUUUGACUAGUUGGUUUUUUUCUUUUUGAAUAUGUGUUCUAGUCAGUAAAAGAUUUUAGACAAAUUGGAGGUAUUAUAAGAAAUGGCAUAAAAUACUCAAUGGUUUUGUUAGGUUGAAUAAUUUUAGUUUUAUGUACCUGUAUUAGUAAAAUAAAAUUACAAUCAUGUA